AUGAAGAACGAGGCAGAUGAGAAACGCAAGGAUAAGGCGGCAAACGACAAAGGCAUGAAGAUCGAGGCAGAUGAGAAACGCAAGGAUAGGGCGGCACACGACAGAGACAGGAAGAACGAGGGAGACGAGAAACGCAAGGAUACGGCGGCAGACGACAGAGGCAUGAAGAACGAGGCAGAUGAGAAACGCAAGGAUAAGGCGGCAAAACGACAAAGGCAUGAAGAACGAGGCAAAUGA